AUGUCCUGGGGGAAAUACAGUAAACGCGAUUUUAACUGGGGAUCCACCGGGACAACAGCAAAUGUAGGACCAGGAAGUUAUGAAAUUCGUGAUAUUUCAAAAGUCAAGCAUAAUUAUGAUACAUCUUUUGGUGGUUCGAAAGAAAAAAGGAAUCCUUUUGGCCAAAAAAUACACAGAACACCAGAUCCUGGUGCAUACAAUCCAGAUAAACCUGCAUCAAAACAAUCACGGCCAUGUUCAGCAUUUCAAUCUCGAAGCGAAAGAACUCCUUUUCAGAUUAAUGACGGCCCUUCACCAGUAGAUCAUAGCCAAAUUACAUCAUGGGCAUCAAAAAGCUCAAGAAGGCCAAAAUCUUCAAUAAAGAAAGCUCCGAUGCCUUAUUCACCAAAUGUUGGACAAGGAGUAGAUGGAUAUGAAACUUUACCUGACGGAAGCUUACGUCCAAUUCUCAGAGACACACAUGAUCAGUCAUACUUAGGGCCUGGUUGCUACGAUCCAGAUAUUCCAAAGACAAACAUAGGAGCAUCACUCAAAUAUGGACGACCUCAGACAUGCUUAAUUGAUAGAGAACAGAAAAAUGUUCCAGGACCUGGAGCUUAUACACCUCGAACCGGAAAUAUUAAAAUACAGCCAAAUAUCAGAGAAUACCAUGACGAAAGGCCAUUAGAAUCACCAAAAGGUGGCAACAUGGCUCACGGCGACCUUAUAAAUUAUAACAAGGCCACUUCUAAUUUUAAAUCCAAAGUUAAAAGAGAUCUUUGGGCAAAACCAAAUGAUUAUCCAGGACCACAGAAGUACGCAAGCGCUGAAUCAUCUGCAAGAAGAGCGAAAUCUAGUGCCAGAACUCCAAGAUCUGGUUUCGGUUCAAAUGCUCCUCGCUUCAAAGAUGCAGCAGAUGAUAUGCCAGGUCCAGGAGAUUAUGAAGCUAAAGAUGUUCAUUGGAUGAAAUCACCAACUUCAAAUCUUCCACGAGCCAUUGCAAAAACACAAUUUUAUGGAACAACUUCACCAGGACCUGGAUCAUACGAACUUGAUUUCAGUAGCUUUAAACUUAAAUCUACAGAUCCUUCACCUCAAUUUCAUAAUACAGAUUCAAGGAGAAUAUAUGAUAUUAAUUAUGAUACUCCUGGACCUGGUGCAUACUCACCAAAGGAUAUAUCUAACGUUGGCGCUAUUAAUAAAACAUAUGGAAAAGCAAAAGAAUCUCGAAUCGGAUUUCUUGAAAUUAAGAAAGGGCCAUCACCAGUUGAUUAUAAUGUUAGAGAAUUUAGACAACAAAAAAGGAGUUCAUCAGUGUCACGAGCUACAAGAUUUGAGAAUUCACCAAGAAAUGAUGUACCUGGACCAGGUGCAUACAAUGUUGACCAUAAUCAUGAUGGACUUAUUAAGAGGUCGUUUAAUUCUGACCUGAAGAAAGUGAAUCAAUGA